AUGAUUGAACUCGAAGAUAUUCAAGAUUCAAUAGUUGGGAUUCCUGGUGUAAGUGGGAUAUCAUUUGAACAGAGAAAACGAUUGACCAUAGCAGUAGAGCUUGUUUCAAAUCCAUCCAUAUUAUUCAUGGAUGAGCCAACUUCUGGACUAGAUGCAAGAGCAGCAGCAAUUGUCAUGCGAGUAGUAAAGAACAUUGUUAGAACCAAGAGGACGGUCGUGUGUACCAUUCAUCAACCAAGCAUAGACAUAUUUGAGGCAUUUGAUGAGCUAAUUCUAAUGAAGAGAGGAGGACAGAUAAUAUAUUCUGGAGAACUCGGUCAGCAUUCGAGUAAAUUAAUUGAAUAUUUUGAGAACAUUCCUGGAGUACCAAAAAUUCAGGAGAACUACAACCCUGCUACCUGGAUGCUUGAGGUUUCGAGUUUAACUGCAGAAGCACGACAUGAAAUCGACUUAAGCAAACUCUAUAAAGAAUCUUCCCUAUGUUGGAAAACCAAGGUACGGGCCAGAGAAUUGCACUCUCCAGGACGAGGUUCAGAAGAACUACAAUUUCCAACCCGUUUUAUGCAAAACGAAUGGGAACAGUUUAAAGCAUGCUUGUGGAAGCAGAACUUGUCCUAUUGGAGGAGUCCUAAAUAUAAUUUGGCACGUCUAACAUUCGUCACUGUGGCAUCUUUUCUACUAGGAGCUAUUCUAUGGGGAAAAGGAAAAGAAAUAAAUGACGAACAGGACUUGUACAAUAUAGUAGGAUCAUUGUUCAUCUUCCAACAGUUUCUGGGGAUAGGUAACUGCAAUUCUAUUCUAUCACUUAUAGCUACUGAGCGCAGCGUUGUAUACAGAGAAAGGUUUGCAGGAAUGUACUCUUCAUGGACUUAUUCAUUAGCACAGGUCAUUGUUGAAAUUCCAUACAUAUUUCUUCAAUCAUGUAUCUUCAUUAUAAUCACAUAUCCAGCAAUAGGCUUCUACUGGUCUGUCGCUAAAGGAUUUUGGUAUCUCUACACCAUGUUCUGUACAAUGCUCUAUUACACUUACAUUGGAAUGAUGUUUGUUUCUAUGACCCGAUCUUUCCAAGUGGCAUCUGUUACCUCAAGCUUCUUUAAUACCAUGACCGCACUUCUCUCAGGAUUUCUAAUUCCUGAACCUCAAAUGCCUAAGUGGUGGGUUUGGUGUUACUGGAUUUUGCCAACAUCCUGGUCCUUGAGAAGCUUUAUCACAACACAAUACGGAGAUGUAGACAAGGAAAUAGGAGUACUCGGGGAAAAAAAGGCAACCAAUGCCUUUUUAGAAAGUUAUUAUGGUUAUCGUAGCGGUGAUACAUGUCUUGUGGCGAUAGUUCUUGCUGCAUUUCCAUUUGCAUUUGCAUCACUGUUCAUAUACUUCUCUGCAAAACUCAACUUCCAGAGGAGAUAAGUAGAAGUGAAAACAUAAGACUGGAGUUGUAAUACAAAUUCAAGAUUAGCAUUUA